AUGGCUUUCCUCAGGUGCGAACGUCGAUUUCCCCGCUGGUGUCUGAGCGUAUGGCUGCUGGGCAUUACCUUGCUGUUGACCUGGGCCCAGCAAACCAAGUGUCUCGAUCGCUCUUCGGAAAGGAGAAUUGUGUAUCCGCUGUUCCUCGAAGGAAGGUCAGAGAGUGGUGCAAGGAUAUUGAAGCUCGACGAUGAUCUCACUUUACAGCUUGAACAAAGAUCUGCUUUCGAUGACAACCUACUCAUCAGAACAGCGGGAGAAGAUAACACCUUCGUCGAAAAGUUUGUGGAUGCGUCGGAGUUCAACAGCAAGCUUUUCCAAGAUCCACAGCGCAUGGCUUCUGCAGUAGUGUCCGAAGAGGACGGACUGCGUGUGAAUGGCAUCAUCGGAGACGACAUGCUCAUCCGCCCCCUGUUGGCGAUGGAGCGAACUGCAGAAGGCCACGUUCCACAUCUUCUCUACCGAGAAACCUUGAGGAAGGGAGCUGCACUACACGACUACGUUUUCAUGCCCCGCUCAGAGGACCCUAGGUUAGAGGAUCGCCAAAUCAACAAUGGGUGGAGUCACACUUUGAGCUCACUCACUCAACAGUCACUGGUGGAGUUUGAAGAAGAGAACGCUCCCAACUCGCCAUUUUGA